GUGACCGCCAGCAACAUGGCUGGCACCAAACCAAACCUGCGCCCCAAGCGAUAUCAUUUCUAUUCUGCCCUCCUUUUUAUCCUAGGCACUCUCUUCCCGCCGCUUGCGGUGGCAGCGCGUUUCGGGAUCGGAGGGGAUUUCUUUCUCAACUUGCUGCUGACCCUCUGCGGGUACAUUCCCGGGCACGCCCAUAACUUCUACAUCCAGAACAUACGGAACAACAAAACCCACCGCCGCACACCGAAAUGGGCCCAACGGUAUGGCCUCGUUGACACGUCCGAGCUCAAGCGCAAAGAGCGCAAGAACCAGUGGGCGUCUCGCUACAACGAACGCCUUCCUCGCUCCACCCUCGAGGGACAAUCAUAUGAAGAAGGUCAAGAACCCGAUGCGCCCUCGGUGGAUAGCGCGCAGGGCAGACGCAGAGGCACGACCGACAGCAACGGCAACCUCUGGUCCCCCACGGAGGAGCGCUUCUACGGGCAGAACGACCGAUCUAGCGCGAGCGUGGACACGUCCAACUCGGGGCGCUGGCAUUACCCAGCCAACUUUGAGGACACGAUCCCGACCGACACGACGAUCAAGAAGAAAAAGAAGAAGGACAAGAAGGAUCGUUGGGAGCGGACUGCGGACGCAUACUCGCUCGCUGAGGAAACUCCACGGAGGAAGAAGAGCAAGAAGAAGCGUGGAACCGCCGAUGUAGAUUCGACGUACUCGCGCGGCUCGACGAACGACUUCCCAGAGGAUCCCGAAGGUGGGCUGUACGGCCCUAGUCGCCCUGCGCAGAGGGAGAGAGAUCUCCCUGACGUGCCCAACGGCAAUGGCACUUCCGAGGCCGACGUCUUCAGUCAUCAGUUCUGAUUGGAGGGAUAUGGCGGUGGUCGUCAUGAGGUUUUUUCGAGGUCGCAAUCUGUGAGGGUGGUAUCCAGGUUUUCCUACAUCCAUUCGCUCCUCCCCGAUACGUACACCGGACGAUUAAUGUACUAUACGGGUCGUUCUAUGUAUAGGCAGUUAUAUCUGCUCUAGCUUAAAGCCCUAGCAUCGACAGGUUCG